AUGGAAAGGGUAAUCUCCGAAUACAACCCUUUCGCUCGGAACCCGGCCUUUUGUGGCGCCACCUGCAGUGCCUACUUGGAGUUGCUGCCACUGGCUGCGCACUUUCAUCCCACAGUUAAAUUGUUUGCUGAAAAACUUAUUAAUAAUCAAAUAAUUCAAUACCAAGGUGAUCCGCUAAAAGAUUUCUCCGGGAUUAGAUUUUUGGAUCGUUUCGUAUUCAAGAACCCGAAGAAACCAACAGACAAUCAGGAUGAUGGGCAGCUGAAAAAAGUUAAAGGGUCUCAUCCCAAGUUCGCCGUCAGAAAGAAUUAUGUGCCUAAAGGACUUAGGAGUAUGCCCGUGAAUUCAUCUACGUACUUGAACGAGGACGUUGCUAAGAUUCCUGUUGAUGAGCAGUUUUUAUAUCAAUUCCUUCAAAAGCGUCGUAAAGACGCAGAAUCUGAUGACGAAAGCGACAACGAUUCGGUGACGAGUGAGGACUUCGAGAAAUAUCUUGAUUCUGUCACUGGAACUAAAGCUAAAGAAUCUGACGAAGAAUUGGACUUUAUGUCUGAAAUGCAAGCGACAUUACAAAAGAAGCCUAAAAAGGGUGAAGAGGGCAGUGAUGAAGAAGUUGAUGAUGAGGGUGCUGACGAUGAAGAUAUCCCAGGGGGUGAUGAUGUAGAUGACAGUGACGGUGAACUUGAUUUGUCUGGCGAUGAUGACGAACCUAUGUUAUCUGGUGAAGAUGAAGAUGAACUACAAUUGGAAAAUAGUGAUGAUGAUGAUGACAUAGUUGAUGUUCCUGGAAAGAAAUCUGGCAAGACGAAGAAGUUGAAAAUUAAAGGAGGUGAUGAUCUCGGUUCCUUAUUCGCGUCAGCAGAGGAAUUUUCAACUCUUUUAGAAGAAACUGCUACAAACAAAAAACAGGGUUCAAGUCAAGCUGUCUCAAACACAGACAAUUCCAGUGUAAAACAACUAGCGUGGGAAGAAAAUCGCGAUAGAUGGAUAAAAGGCUAUAAUAAAAAUAUUCUUGGUAAGAAAACUAACAAGAAGCGCUUUAACAAGAAUAAGGGACCUAAAAUGGCAGACAAAAGUGACAAACGGAAAGGCGGGAAAACAGAUGGCGCUGGUGGAAAGAAGAGAAAAACUCGAUAG